GACUAACCUGAAUUUGACACCGUGGAGACAGCCGUCAGAGAGCAGGGCUCUGAUUGUGUCUCACUGAACACACAGAACAAUUCAUUUUAGGACUAACCUUUAAUCAGGUGAAUCGAGAGGAUGAAGAACCUCACGUCUAAUUUCAUCUUCACCACGGGACUGUUGAUGGGAUUCUUCUGCCUUCACUUCCUGUUGGACUCAAAUUCUAUAAAAGGGAGACGAGGACAUUUCAUCAAACACGAUCAUCAUCAUGCAGUUAAGAACCAAGCGGCAGCGGUUAAAUCCAACGGCACCAUUCGGAUAUUGUGCUGGAUUAUGACGAUGCCCAAAUACUUGGAAACUCGAACCCAGCACGUGAGAGCGACCUGGGCGAAACACUGUGACCGAGUUCUGUACAUGAGCUCCAAAUCCACAGAUUUCCCCACCGUGGGGCUGAAUGUGAGCGAGGGGAGGGAAAACCUGUACUGGAAAACCAUCAGAGCGUUCCAGUUCCUCCACCAGCACCACAUGCACGAUAUGGACUGGUUUCUGAAGGCGGACGACGACACUUUCGUGGUGAUGGAGAAUCUGCGCCACACGUUGUCCCGGUUCGAUACGGAGAAGCCGUGGUAUUUGGGAAGACGCUUUGCCCCGUUCAUCAAAAAAGGCUACAUGAGCGGAGGAGCCGGAUAUGUGCUCAGUAAAGAAGCUUUGAGACGCUUUACCACGGGGUUCCAGACGGGGAAAUGCACACACUUCUCUGCCAUAGAGGACAUGGCUCUGGGGAAAUGUAUGGAGACGAUGGAGGUGGAGCUGGGAGACACCAGAGAUGAGAAGGGGAGACAAACAUUUCACCCGUUUCCUCUGGACCAUUACGUCAUCAGGACUCCUCCGAGAAGAAGACCCUGGUUUAUGAUCUACGACUUCUAUACUCCAAUAGAGGGUCCGGGUUGCUGCUCAGAUUUUGCCGUUUCCUUUCACUACAUCCGCCCACCACAGAUGUACGUUCUGGAGUAUCUGACGCACCAUCUGAGGGCCUACGGAUACAGAUACAGAUAUCAUCCGGACGACAAAACUAAAUCCAACACCACAGAACAUGUUGAGGUGCAGAGUCCAACGUAACUUGCUUUCAAUGUGAGAUCUUUGAGUCAUUUCUAACUAAGAAGUUGUAUUUGAAGGCCUUAUUUGAACCUGUUGAUGCUGUAGACCAGGGGUGUCCAAACUACGGCCCGGGGGCCAGAUGCGGCCCGCAGACCAUUUGAAUCAAAUACAUUCACUCAAUUCAACUUGAAAACAUUUUCUAACAAAUCUUAGUUGAUGAGAAGAAGCCCAUGAACUUAUUUCCAUAACAAGCUUGAAAUAGACCCUUCCUUUUUCCUCUUCAUCAAUCUGAAGCUUCUGUUUUAAGGAAUGAGCUGCUAACAGGAUAAAUGAAACCGUCUGGAGAGCUGUGAUGAAGCCGGUUUCAGUAUCAGGCACACGUUUCCUACAUUUGAUUGAUUGUGCUAACUUAUAACUGAACUUAAAGGCGAUAUUAAUCACCUCUAGUGAGCGGCCCAGCACUUCGUAUAUCUUUCUGUAUGUGGCCCUCGGAGAAAUAGCUUUGGACCCCCCUGCUGUAGAUGAAUGUUAGUUGCAAUCCAUACUUCAUCUGUUUCUGACAGGAGCCUUUUGUUCAUCCUUUUUAAAACUACAUCAUACCCCUUAUUGCAAUUGUUUUUAAGUGUGUAUGAAUAGAGACAUAGUAGGAUCAGCAGGACUGAGACCUACAUGAGCAAGAGCCAAAAGAGUCGUGUGAAUAUCAUGAAAUAUUAUUCUCUGUGUUCAAACUGCGUG